AUGCAAACAAUAUACAUAAAGCUGCAGCAACAGCAGCAGCAACCGCAGCAGAAUCAUCAGAUAAACACCAACAUCAGCAACAGCAUCAUCAUCAUCAGCAGCAGCAGCAGCAGCAGCAUCAUCAGCAGCAGCAUCAGCAGCAGCAUCAUCAGCAGCAGCAGCAGCAACAUCAGCAUCCACAGCAUCCCCAGCAUCAUCAUCAUCAGCAGCAUCAUCGUCAUCAUCAGCAUCAGCAGCAUCAUCAGCAGCAUCAGCAUCAGCAGCAGCAGCAGCAGCAGCAGCAGCAGCAGGAUACCGUCUGGGGUGGUGGUGAGUUCUUCAGUGACGGUGAUUGUUCGACCGUUGACGAUUUUUGUGUGCGACGAAACAGAGCGAGAAAACCCUCCGCCGAAAGACGAAGAAGAAGACGAAGACAUCAUAAACCCUGAAGCUCCUGAAGACUGCAUCUGCUGCUGCUGCAUGCCUCCUGUUGUUAUCCAAUCAUACCACCAGCAGCAGCAGCAACAGCAGAAGCAACAGCAGCAGCAACAGCAGAAAAAAGCAGAGUCAGAGAAGCCAGACAACACCUACAGCUACUCCUAA